GGAGCAGAGGGAACUAGAGCAGACAGGCAGGAAGGAGGAGGGUUUACUGAUGAGACUGAGAGCUGAUCAGAGUUUAUGUAAUAUCAGCAGCUCAGGAUGGAGGGAACAUCUCUGCUGUGGAUCUCUCUGCUCUCACUGAUGAGCUGCACAACAAACCAGGUGAAGCUGAACCUGACUCCCAACAGAUCUCAGUUUUUUGAAGGAGAUUCUGUUUCUCUGAGCUGUGAGGAUGAAGACAUCUCUGCUGAAUGGACUCUGAGGAGAAACACCACCAGAAGAACCAGAACUCAGUGUGAUGACUGGGGAACAGGAUCUGGUUCUAGCUGCAUCAUCAGCUUUGCUUUAGCAUGGGACAGUGGAGUUUACUGGUGUGAGUCCAUCCAGGCAGCAGCCAGUCAGAGCAUCCACCUCACUGUUUCUGGUGGAUCAGUGAUCCUGCAGAGUCCUGUCCUCCCUGUGAUGGAGGGAGAUCCCCUCACUCUGAGCUGUCAAUCAAACCAGGACUCCCCCCUCCCAGCUGCUUUCUAUAAAGAUGGCUCCCUCAUCAGGACUGAGCCCGGAGGUCACAUGACCAUCCUCCAUGUUUCCAGGUCUGAUGAAGGCCUCUACAGGUGUAACAUCAGCAGUCAUGGAGAGUCUCCAUCCAGCUGGAUCUCUGUCACAGGUAAACUUCUGACCUCAGCCCCGCCCCCUUUCUCAGCCCCGCCUUCAUCGCUAACUCCACCCACUCCCUCAGCUCCGCCCCCUGUCUCUUCCUCCCUCCAGCUUGUGUUCAGGCUGCUCUGCCACCUGGUGGUGUUCUGUCCAUACUUCAUCUCUACUGUCCUCAUGGUGUCUUUGUAUCGACACAGAGCUACAGUCUCCAGGACGACAGCACCUCUCCUCCAUGCUGAGCAGGGAUUGGCUGAUGACUUCAGGGCCAUCGAGCAUCACUUCUGAGUCACAUGGUGUGAUCAUGUCAUCGUCCUGAACCGCUGCCUCAAAUAUCCUUCUGCCUCAGUGCAACUGUUUUCUAUUCUUUUGCCACAAUACUGUCAAAGUUAUCACAAAAUAAACAAAUGAAGAAGUC